AUAAACGAUCUUUGGCGCGCACGUACGCUUCUUCUAGUUUCUGUUGCUAUGGAAACGCGAGCAUUACAGACUAACUGCACUUUGGAUAGUUUAUAGAAGUACAAGUGCACAAGAAAACAUCGCCUCUAUGUCUGGGAUUGAUAAGCGGGCUCUUCUGGAGCUGAAUGCGCGGAGGGAAACAUGGUGUCAGGUCGAGACGAACCCCCGGCAGUCCUGGGAGAGGACCGAGAGGAGGCACUACCGGAGUCACCUCCGGACCAGCUCGGCCGUCCUCACCGCUCUGACCGCCGGACCGCAGCGCAGGGCGGCGCGCACCGAGCGACCGCCCCCCACCAAGCUCCCGGAGAGGAGGCACUUUGAAGAGGGAUAUCAAUCCCACCUGGUGUAGAUGGCUGCAGCCUGACAAGACCUCACAAGCUCAUACAACACACCUGUAGGCUACACGUGGCGCCCUUCAACAUUCUCAGUAUAUUCCCAUAAACAGGGUGCAACAAAAAUACAAUGUAAUACAAUAUCCAAAAUUAAAUUAACCACACAACAGGUCUUUUAAAUGCUAAUCUUUACCUUGAGGGUUUGUGUUGACUGUGUCUAAAAAUCAACCAGUAGAUGUGUUACUUGAGAAAGCUUAAUAGAUACCAGCCUGACUGCCAAAACUUUGGUGCAGAGUGAAACAUUGUCAGGAUGAACCUUAAUGAUGGGAUUUGCUGACAUCUAAAUGCUAAUAUGGCAGACAUCUGAACUGAGGCGUGUUUAUUUUAAACAAAUAAAGCUGAUGAGGUAUCACAUCAAA